GUUCGUUCCCAUCGUAUUCUGCAUCGUCAUGAUCCGCACUGGCCGCCGCUGGCCCGAGACGUCCCGGCCACUGCUCGCGGGCCGAUUCGCUCUCUCAGCCUCGCCGGUGCCCAUGCUGGUUCCCACAAGCAGACUCGCACAUUCCAGCUCGACCGUCAUCCAGAUUCCGCAGUUUGCCGACUCGCUGUGCAGGCUGUUUCCCUUCGCGGCCGACCAACACAACCCCGUCGAGAUUGUCAAUCGCGGGAAAGACUACAAGAUCCUCAACCCCGAUCGCAACGUCCUCCACGACUGCUUCCGCUUCAACCGCCCGAAAAAUGCCUGGCAGACCUAUUCGGCCAUGCGUCUCGAGGAAAAGCUCAAUCUUCUCAGCGCCGACGAUCACACCACGUUGCUUGGAUAUCUCACCCGCCAUAGCCGACCGAGGCUUGCCGCCAUCCAGGCCGACCGCGCCUUUGCAACUCUCUGCCAGUACCACCGGCCCGAUAUCCGCGAUCACAACUAUGUGCUCAUGUGCCAUCUCCGAAACCAAAACGAUCUCCCUCGUCUCGCCGGGGCCUUCCGCAAAAUCUACGAGCACGGCAACAAGCCCAACAGCCGGUCAUUUGCCCUGCUGAUGCAGUCGCUUGUGCAUGAUGGCCAACUCGAAGCCGCCCACUCGUUGUGGCACGAGAUGUGGUCCGAGCUGCCAUGCUCCGAGGCCCAGCCUGAUCACUGGGCCAUCAUGAUUGCCGGAUACGCCAAAGCUGGCAACAGGAAGGCCGUCGAGGAUCUCCAGCGGCAGUUUGCUCGACUGCGCUCCGACCCUGCCAGCGUUGUCCAGGAUGCCACCAUCCGGGCGUACGGAUAUCUCGGAGAUCAUGCUGCAUCCGAGGAGCUGUUUUCCAGCCUGGCCAAGUCCAGCAGCGAUCCGGCGCUGCAGCCACGUCUGGAGAGCUACGACGCCAUCAUCCAUUCGGCCCUGCUGAACAACAAGCCAGAGGUCGCCGAAUCGCACUUUGCUGCCCUCAUCAAGCGCAACGCGACGCUCAGUCAAGCCAUGUUUGGCCACACUCUUGACGAAGCCCGCACCCGGGCGCUCUUUGAUCCGUUUGCCAAUCUGGACGAGGAUUCGGACGACUUUGUCGACGACCCCGAGGGCGUGGCUCCAAGGGGUCUGUGGCUCGCCGGCAUUCAGCCGCUCUCCAGUACUUUUUACCAUCUCAUGGAGCACUAUGCCCGGAAGGGGGACAUUGACCGAGUCACGGAGCUCUACACACACCUGCGACUCUCCAAACUGUGGCUGCACGACUGCAUCUUCCUCGUUGUUGCCACCUAUAUCGCCCGCAAUGACCCUCAAAAUGCCCUGCGAUGGUACAACGCUGCCGUGGGUCCGCUGCGCUACCACCCGCCAAAAGCCCUGAUCGCCUGGGCGAGCUCGGUUCACCCCGAACGCAUCCGAUCGUAGAAAGCCUGUGACUCGGCGACGCAACAUCGAUCUGUCGAUCGCCUCGACAAGUGUGUCGGAUCCUUCGGUUGGAUUUUGCCACUGACGCAAUCGUGCUGACGGCAUUGCACCGUUACCCGGCACGAUCUCAGUGGCUCUGGCAAUUCGUUGCUCUGUCGGAAGCGGAGCCAUGUCCCUUUAGGAUUGAUCCCAGAACGAUUUGCUAUCCAGCCUCCAGAUUCUGGAUCAGCGACUUGGCAUCGCAUAUCUUACCACGGUUCGGCGGCGCGAAUCGGCGCUAUUCUGAUGCAGAGCCAUCAAUCGAUCUAUCCUCGCAGGUGAACCAACGGCAGUAGAUAUGGACGAAAUCUGGACAGACAUGGAAGGAGACAUGGAAGGAGACAUGGAAGGAGACAUGG